CUUUUACUUUCUCUCUCUCUCUCUCUCUAACUCACCCUCUUAUAUUUAUAUUUGUUUCUCUUGUUUAUUAUGAUAAAUAAUAUAUGCUGCUCCUAACCUAACCAUUCUCACUCCUUCUCACCAUAUAUUUCAUUUCUUUCCCAUUUACAACUCUAUCUCAGUCCCUUUCCAAUAUCCACUCUUCUCCUAUCUUCUUCUUCUUUUCUACCCAAAUAAAAUAAACCAACUUUCCUUUAUUGGGUAUUGCUUGGAUUGGUAUUUUUAGCUCUUGUUUGGGUUCUGAGUCUGAGUUGAUAUUAUUAUUACUUGUUUGGAUUAAUCUUAUUGAGUAUAUAUAUAUAUCUAUUAUCACUGCUGGAAUUGGUUCUGUUUGGAUAGACUUCUCAACUCAACUCUAGUACUGUGAAAGCCAUUAUUGUUUUCAUCUUUGAAGAACAGAGUUAUAUAUAUUAGAAAGGAAAAAAGAGGCAAAGUUUCUGGACUGCAAUAAUGGCUCCCAAGGCAAGCAAAGCUAAGCCACACAAAGCUAAAGGAGAUAAGAAGAAGAAAGAAGAGAAAGUUUUGCCCACGGUAAUUGAAAUUUCAGUUGAAACACCAGAAGACUCACAAGUGACCCUUAAGGGUAUAUCUACGGACAGGAUCUUGGAUGUGAGAAAACUUUUGGGAGUACAUGUGGAGACAUGCCAUUGGACCAAUUACUCCUUAUCACAUGAGGUCCGAGGACCCAGACUGAAAGACUCGGUGGACAUCCUCUCUCUUAAACCAUCCCACCUCACCAUCGUUGAAGAGGAUUACACGGAAGAGCUAGCGGUGGCCCACAUACGGCGGCUUUUGGAUAUCGUGGCCUGCACCACCUCCUUCGGCUCCUCCGCCUCCAAACUCGCCGGCCGACCAAACCCUAAAGAACCAGGUUUGAACGACACCGAAACCGGUUCAAAUGCUGCUACUACUACAGCUACAGUCAAUGCCGGCGCCGGCGAACAGAAACCGGGAGCAGCGGCCAUCGCCGGCGUCCAGAAAAGUUCGAGUUACGAUGCGAAGACUGGAGAAUGUGUUGAUCCGGCGGUCUCCAUGUGUCCGCCGCCGAGGCUCGGCCAGUUCUACGACUUCUUCUCUUUCUCUCACCUCACGCCUCCUCUCCAUUAUAUUCGAAGGUCUACUCGUCCCUUCCUUGAGGAUAAGACAGAAGACGACUUUUUCAAAAUUGACGUCCGAGUAUGCAAUGGGAAGCCAACGACAAUAGUUGCCUCAAAAAAAGGGUUUUAUCCUUCUGGAAAACGUCUUCUUUUAAGUCACUCUUUGAUUGGUCUUCUUCGGCAAAUCAGCAGAGCAUUUGACGCAACAUACAAUGCUCUUAUGAAGGCUUUUACGGAGCACAAUAAGUUUGGCAAUCUUCCAUAUGGUUUCCGAGCAAACACAUGGGUUGUCCCUCCUGUUGUUGCUGAUAAUCCUUCAGUUUUCCCACCGCUUCCUGUGGAAGAUGAAAACUGGGGAGGAAAUGGUGGUGGUCAGGGAAGAGGUGGAAAACAUGAUCAUAGGUCUUGGGCAAAAGAAUUUGCAGUUUUGGCUGCAAUGCCAUGUAAAACAGCAGAAGAGCGGCAAAUUAGAGAUAGGAAAGCCUUUCUGCUUCACAGUCUAUUUGUUGACAUUUCAGUUCAUCAAGCUGUUGCGGUAAUUAGGAGUCUCAUUGACACUAACCAAGACUCCUUGAAUGAUCCCACCGUCUCACUUGUCCACGAGGAAAGAGUUGGGGAUUUAAUCAUUAAGGUGACAAGAGAUGUGCCUGAUGCAAGUACCAAGUUGGAUUCUAAAAAUGACGGAAGUCAGGUUCUUGGAAUGUCACAGGAUGAGCUUGCUAAGAGAAAUUUACUCAAAGGCAUAACAGCUGAUGAAAGUGCAACCGUUCAUGAUACCGCGACUUUAGGUGUUGUAGUUCUUAGACACUGUGGCUUCACAUCUGUUGUAAAAGUUUCCGCUGAUGUAAAUUGGGAGGGAAGUCCUAUUCCUCAGGACAUUGAGAUUGAGGACCAGCCUGAAGGAGGUGCCAAUGCCUUGAACGUCAACAGCCUGAGAAUGCUAUUACACAAGUUUUCUUCACCUCAAAAACUACAGAGUUCGGAUCAUGAAAAUUCACAUCCUGCUAAGUCUUUGGUACGAAAAGUACUAGAAGAAAGUUUAUCAAGGUUGCAGGAAGAACCCAAUAUGCAAAUGAAAUCUAUCAGAUGGGAGUUAGGAGCAUGUUGGGUGCAACAUUUGCAAAAUCAGGCAUCGGGGAAAACAGAGACCAAAAAAACAGAAGAGGCUAAACAGGAGCCAGCGGUCAAGGGUCUUGGGAAGCAAGGUGGACUGCUAAAGGAAAUAAAGAAGAAAAUAGAUGUAAAGAGCAGCAAAAUUGAACAGGGGAAAGAAUUCCCUGCAGGUAACAACCUUGACAUGGACAAGAAUGCAGAUGCUAAUAAUCAAAAGGAGCUUGAAAAACAAGAUGUGGAAAAGGAAAUGUCAGUGAUAUGGAAAAAUCUGCUUCCAGAAGCUGCAUACUCGCGCCUUAAAGAAUCAGAUACUGGGCUUCACCUUAAGUCUCCUGACGAGUUGAUUGAAAUGGCACACACAUACUAUGCUGAUACCGCACUUCCUAAACUGGUGGCAGAUUUUGGCUCACUUGAACUAUCACCAGUUGAUGGAAGGACAUUAACAGAUUUUAUGCACACCCGGGGUCUGCAAAUGUGCUCCCUGGGACGUGUGGUUGAACUUGCUGAUAAGCUCCCUCACGUGCAAUCACUCUGUGUACAUGAGAUGCUUAUGAGAGCCUACAAACACAUACUACAAGCUGUCAUAGCAGCAGUUGAUAAUGUUGCUGACUUGGCUGCAUCAAUAGCAUCGUGUUUAAAUAUAUUGCUCGGAACACCAUCAACUGAAAAUGUUAAUGCAAAUUCCACAGACGAUGGAAAAUUAAAAUGGAGCUGGGUGGAAACUUUCCUUUCAAAGAGAUUUGGGUGGCAAUGGAAAUAUGAAAAUGGCCAGGACCUAAGGAAGUAUGCUAUUCUUCGUGGAUUGUGCCACAAGGUGGGACUUGAGCUUGUCCCUAAAGACUAUGAUAUGGACAGUGCAUCUCCUUUUCAGAAAUCAGACAUUAUAAGCAUGGUACCUGUUUACAAGCAUGCUGCUUGCUCAUCUGCUGAUGGGCGUACACUAUUGGAAUCGUCAAAAACUUCCUUGGACAAAGGCAAACUGGAGGAUGCUGUUAAUUUUGGAACUAAGGCACUUGCAAAACUUGUGUCAGUGUGUGGACCUUAUCACAGAAUGACAGCAGGAGCAUAUAGUCUUCUGGCUGUGGUGCUCUAUCAUACUGGGGAUUUCAAUCAGGCUACCAUUUAUCAGCAAAAAGCACUGGAUAUUAAUGAGAGAGAGCUUGGACUUGAUCAUCCUGACACAAUGAAGAGUUAUGGGGAUCUAGCUGUAUUCUACUAUCGGCUUCAACACACAGAAUUGGCCCUGAAGUAUGUCAAUCGUGCAUUAUACCUUCUACACUUAACAUGUGGUCCGUCUCAUCCCAACACUGCUGCCACGUACAUAAAUGUAGCUAUGAUGGAAGAAGGUUUGGGGAAUGUGCAUGUUGCUUUAAGAUAUCUCCACGAGGCUCUGAAAUGUAAUCAGAGGCUACUUGGGGUCGACCACAUACAGACUGCUGCCAGCUAUCAUGCCAUAGCCAUUGCACUCUCUUUGAUGGAAGCAUACUCCUUGAGUGUUCAGCAUGAGCAGACUACCCUACAAAUUUUGCAGGCAAAGCUUGGGUUAGAGGAUCUACGUACACAGGAUGCGGCUGCAUGGCUUGAGUAUUUUGAGUCCAAGGCCCUGGAGCAACAAGAAGCUGCACGCAAUGGUACUCCAAAACCAGAUGCCUCAAUCUCCAGCAAAGGUCAUUUAAGUGUGUCAGACCUUUUGGAUUAUAUCACCCCAGAUGCUGAUAUGAAAGCAAGAGAAGCCCAAAAGAGAGCUCGUUCUAAGGUCAAAGGAAAAUUGGGACAAAAUGAGGAAGCUGUCUCAGAUGAGCAUCAGAAGGAUGAAAUUGUGUUGCCUACUUUUCCCUCUGCUGAGAAUUCAAGUGAUAAAGAAAACAAAUCUGAAGUUCAGAUUGCAGAACCUAGAAAUGAGAAACCUGAUUCAAGCCAACCUGAUCAGUCAGAUGUGCUGAGUGCAAAUGUUGAUUUGGCACUGGAUGACAUCUCAGAUGAAGGAUGGCAAGAAGCUGUUCCCAAAGGUCGUUCACUUACAGGUCGCAAGCCUUCUGGUUCAAGGAGACCAAGUCUCGCAAAACUGAAUACUAACUUUAUCAACCCAUCCCAAACAACAAGACAUCGAGGAAAACCCAACAAUUUUGCACCAGCAAAGACAUCUCCAAACGAGCCUAAUGCAUCCACCAGUAACCCUACUAAAAAGUUUAGUAAGAGUGCGAGCUUCAGUCCCAAGUUAGCUAACUCAGCCACACCAGUUAAUGGUGGAGCAGAGAGACCAUCAAACCCGAAGUCAGCCCCAGCUACCCCAGCUUCAUUAGAUUCAGUUGCCAAGGCUGCCCCUAGUCCAAGUGUUCAGGCAGCUGGGAAGCUGUUUUCCUACAAGGAAGUUGCUUUGGCUCCACCAGGGACAAUUGUGAAGGCUGUGGCAGAACAGUUGCCAAAAGAUCCCCUUCCCCUCGAACAUAACUCUCAGGUGAGCCAGGAGGGUGCUGCAACAGAUGCAACGCUUGGUGAAGUGUCAACUGUAAAGGAUGCAGAUGCAAAAAACAAAGCUGAGAAAACUAAAAAUCUUGACAAUGAAAAAAAACAUGCUAAGGUUGAAAAAUCUGCCGUAGAUGAAUCUUUGAAGGUUGGGAAGACUCUGAUUGUUGGAGAUGUGGAAGUGGAAACUAAAAAUAUAGAUUUGAAAAACAUUGCAGUUGAAACCAAGCAAGCAAAAUCUGGAAGUUUUGCUGUUCGCGGAGUUGAAAAGUCUGUUGAUUCUAAAAACACUAAGGCUGGGAAAAAUGAGCAGCCUGAAGCAGCAGAGCUGGAGAAAGAUACAGAAUUAGUUUUAACUGAAAAUACAAAUCUGUUGCAAGAGAAAGAGAUCUCCACUGAUGCAAACCUGAAAGCAGGAGACACAGAUGAAAAAUCUUGUGAUUCACCAGAUGGUGACACAGUUGAUAAAUCAGUGCCAACUGAAGGAGAAAAGCAGGAUGAAGCCGAAACUGGAAAGGAGUCAACAAAGAAACUUUCUGCAGCUGCCCCUCCAUUCAAUCCAACAACAAUCCCCAUCUUUGGCACUAUCCCGGUUCCUGGAUUCAAAGAGCAUGGAGGAAUUCUGCCCCCUCCUAUAAACAUUCCUCCUAUGCUGACGGUUAAUCCUGUUCGAAGAUCGCCUCACCAGUCAGCAACAGCAAGAGUUCCAUAUGGUCCACGGUUGUCUGGUGGCUUCAACAGAGCUGGAAAUCGGGUUUCACGUAACAAAAGCACUUACCACAAUGGCGAACACAUUGGUGAUGGAAACCAUUUCAGUCCUCCUAGAAUAAUGAACCCACAUGCAGCUGAGUUUGUACCAGGUCAACCAUGGGCUCCCAAUGGCUAUCCAGUAUCUCCAAAUGGCUAUUUGACAUCCCCAAAUGGUUAUCCUGUGUCCCCAAAUGGAUAUCCAACAUCACUAAAUGGUAUUGCAGUGACUCAAAAUGGUUUUCUGCUAUCUCCAGUCAGCCCAGUAGAAUCACCAUGUUUGGUGAAUGUUGACACAGGUGAAGAAAACAAUACUAUUGAGGCUCCAGCAGAAGAAAGCACCGAGAAGUCCUCGACUGAAGCUGGAUGCGAAUCGCAGUCAACUGAAGAGAAGCCCGUAGAAGUUGAAUCAGUAGUUACUUCAAACCCUGAUCCCAAAACAGAAGAAAAUCAAGCUGAUAUAGUUCCCGAAGCUGCUGGGGAUACUGAAGUAGCGAGAGAUGCUAGUAUUAUAGUAAUUGAGGAAAAACCAUCCAAAUGCUGGGGAGAUUACAGUGACACCGAAGCUGAGGUCAUUGAGGUUGCAAGUUGAGAGAAGAAGGAUUUUGAAUUUUUGUUGGAUACAAAACGAAAGCUAAGUUUUUAACAGAUCAAGGAUGAGUAGAUGUGAGAUGAUACUACAGAUGCAAUAAAGCUAUGGCGAGUGAUGCCGGUGGCGCUAGAUGACUUCGAACCUGUGCAAUGUGAAUACUUUCUGAUACAGGUUAGCUUUGUUGGAGAAUCAAACGGGAAUUGUUAAAUUAAACUCUACCAAGUAGUUUUGAACAUGAGCACCGAAGAUUGUUUACACCAUGAGUGAGGAAAGAUCCUUUGAAGUGAAGUGGUUCUUUGGUGACAACUUUCUAAUUCUGUCUUCUUAUUUGUAAUUUUUUGUUCUUGUUUCUGAUAUAAUUUGUUUUUGUUAAGUGAGAACCCAAAAUAACCUUUUGAGGUUUAGUGCUUUCCAUAUCAAACUGCUUGGAUGGUCUCCUACUACUGCAAUAAAGUUUCAAUUUUCCUUCUGAACAUGUAA